CACUAAAAUUCUGAUGUCAUUCAUGAAAAAAAAAAUAUAGAAAUCCGAAUGUCCAUUUUACUCAAAAUAAAUAAGUAAAUCUCGAAAAGUGUAGUAAAAUAUCGCGUUUUAUUAAUCAAAAUGGAGCUCAACGAUGUUAUUGUGAAUCAGCCCGUCGUUAUAGACAAUGGUUCAGGGGUUAUCAAAGCUGGGUUCGCUGGCGAUCAGAUACCAAAAUGCAGGUUUCCGAACUACAUUGGUCGACCCAAGCAUGUCCGAGUGAUGGCCGGAGCCCUAGAGGGGGAACUGUUUGUGGGGCCGCGUGCAGAGGAGCACCGAGGCCUGCUCAGCAUCAAGUACCCAAUGGAACACGGCAUCGUCACAGAUUGGAACGAUAUGGAAAGAGUCUGGAACUACAUUUAUAGCAAAGACCAGCUGUCAACAUUCUCAGAGGAGCACCCAGUGUUGCUAACGGAGGCGCCUCUCAACCCGCGCCGGAACAGGGAGAAGGCAGCAGAAAUAUUCUUCGAGACCAUCAACGUUCCUGCACUCUUUCUCUCCAUGCAGGCUGUGCUUAGUCUAUAUGCCACAGGACGGACUACAGGGGUAGUUUUGGACGCAGGAGACGGGGUGACCCAUUCAGUCCCCAUAUACGAGGGGUUCGCGAUGCCCCACAGCAUCAUGAGGGUGGACGUGGCCGGGAGAGACGUGACCAGAUACCUGAGGCUUCUACUCCGGAAAGAGGGUGUAAACCUCCGCACUUCAGCUGAACUGGAAAUUGUGAAGUCCAUCAAAGAGCGGGCGUGCUACCUCUCGCCCAACCCUCUCAAAGAGGAAACCAUGGACUCCGAGAGGGCCCAGUACACAUUACCCGAUGGCACACAACUAGAGAUUGGUCCAGCGAGGUUCCGAGCACCAGAAGUGUUAUUCAGGCCUGAUCUGAUUGGUGAAGAGUGUGAAGGUCUGCACGAGGUGCUGAUGUUCGCGAUCCAGAAGUCGGACAUGGACCUUCGGAAGGUCCUGUAUCAGAACAUCGUGCUGAGUGGGGGGUCCACGCUGUUCCGCGGUUUUGGGGACCGCCUGCUGGCCGAGAUACGACGCCUCGCGCCCAAGGACAUGAAGAUACGGAUCUCAGCCCCACAAGAGCGUUUAUACUCCACGUGGAUUGGGGGUUCGAUCCUCGCUUCGCUCGACACAUUCCGCAAGAUGUGGGUCUCUAAACGGGAGUACGAUGAAGAAGGCCACCGGGCGGUGCAUCGCAAGACAUUCUAAAAACUUUUAGAAUUCUAAUUUGUUUUAGAAUUGUCGCUUAUAACAAUUGUAAUACACUGUAAAAUGAGUAUGUACACGAGAAGACAUUCUUACAUAGAUUCUUACAGUAUUUAGAAUUCUAAAUUGUUUUAGAAUUGACGCUUAUAAUUCUAACACAUUGUUAAAUAGUCUGUAAACCGGAACACAUUCUUAUUGAGAUUCUUAAACGGAUUCCAAUGACGUUUGGAAUUCUAAAUUGUUUUAGAAUUGACGCUUAUUACCCUAGCACAGUUUAUAACUAAAUCCGCACACCGCAAGACAUUCUUAUUUAGAACAAUUAGAUCCUAAUAGCAUUUAGAACUCUAAAUUGUUUUAGAAUUGUUGCUUAUAAUUUCUUAAUGCACUGUAAAAUGAAUUGGUUCAUUUUGUUUGCUGUUAGAAUUUUAAUGUGUAUUAUGUAUUUUUGUAAGCUUAAAAAUGCUUUUCGGCUGGGCCGAUCUUGAUAAGACUCGAUAGAUUUAACUUACGGACUAUGAGAGUGAGGGAAUAGAGUGCAUCCGCACACAUUUGCAUACACACCAUAUAUAUAAUAUCUGCUAUGCGUAGUUAGUCUCCGCUAGGCCGCCUUGAACCGACCGAAAUUCGAUCAAAUGGACAUUCAGAGAGUUGCAUAAGUUUGCAAAGUACCAAGUUGCAUAAAUUUGCAAAGUAUCAAGUUGCAUGAGUUUGCAAAGUAUCUAAUAGAAGUGGGUAAAAAGUUAGUUAUUUUCCUAACAUCUUUGCAAAAAUACA